CUGUAUGGUAAAGUUGGACUCAUAUUUUUUCUUCUACGCGUCCAUUCGAAAAACUUCACCGACCAAUCCCUCUGCAGCUCUGGUGCAGUGGCUCCUCCUCUCCACUGCCUGCUCCCACAUGUAACGUUAGCAGCCUCUCCUCCCGUCUGUUGCAUUGUCUCAUUGGGGACGCAGCGUACAGAGCGCAGUACCAUGGUUACCUCAGUGGACCAGGGAGUUUAUGAGUGAUAUACAGAGGGACGCUGUCAACUGGAAAUGAAGCCUCGGUUCGGAGGAGACAUGGUCCGUUGAUUUGCCUUCAGUGUACCAGCGUAUACUCAUUAAUUCCAGUCUUGUGCCACUCAGCAGGGCUGCCUGAAGCGUAAGCUGCAUGGCACGUUAGUGAUGGUGGGGAUUAUAUUUUCAUAUAAUUAAAACGGCUUCUAUAAUGGUAUGGCUUGCCAGGACCCGCUUUUCUCUACCUGAAGCUGGUCCUUAACCAGUUCGGUCCUCUCAGCCCAUACACGGCAACUGAGUGGUGGUCAGCGGUGCGCCCGGUUCCCCCUGCCGGGCACCCCGACGAGGAUGGCCGACCGCCGCGGCUGCGUGAACUCACUCUGGUCGGGCACCGAGCGCGUCCGCAUCGGGGAGCGCCUCAAAGCAACGCUGGCUGGAGUGCUUGAACUGGAGGUGCUCAGGUGCAAACACCUGGAGAUGGUGGACCGCGCUCUGGUGGACCGAGCCCACGCUGCCGCCAACGCAGAAGAAGAGCCACGGGCGGAGGAAGAGGAGGAGGAGGGGAGCGGGACCCCGGAGAGCGCCGCCGCUGAUGCCGAGCAUGGCACUGCGACAUCCCGCAGGCAACAGGCUCCCUCUCCAUCAGAUAAUGUGGUCUGUCAGAGCAGCCCCGAGGACUGUAUCAGUAACUCAGGGGAUGGGACGGUCCACACCUCAUCUGGCAGGGGGAGUAACUCACGCUGGUCGACUCUGUCCUGGGACGCUCCCUCCGACCUGCUAUCUCCCCCAACACCGGACCCCAGUGGUACGGUUCCUCUGGAUGGUGACUCCCGACCUAGUUCAGGUUUCUACUCAGUGAGUGGGAGCUCUCUCUCCGACUCUUGCUACUCUGUAUCCAGUGAAGCUGCUCAAGGAGGAUUGGCGCCCCUGGUCAGACCUCUGAAGCUUUGGGAGCAGACUCCUUUGCCUGGUGACAGUACUGACAUCCUGUGGUCAGAAGGGGCAGUGCAGCAGCCUGCACAGCAGAGCAGCCAGGAAGAUGGACUAACAGAAGGCACAGCAGUUUCAGUCCAAAGUUGCCUUGACAAAACGGGCCUGAGCUUUCUGUCCGACCUCUGCUCCGAACUUGGUGAUUCCCUGAUGUCUUCUCUUCUUCCACUUCUUGAUCCCACCUCCCCUUCGAAUGCCACUUCCCCCAAUCUAAAACCUCAGUUGGACCCUCGCUAUUGCACGGACCUGGUGUCCCGUCGGACCAAAGAGGUGUAUGCUUAUCCCAGCCCGCUGCAUGCCGUUGCCCUCCAAAGCCCUCUCUUCACCUCCCCGAGCCAAGAGCAAACACCGUCUCAAAGCCCUGAAGGACCCCAACUAGAUGACGAAGAAUCCAACACUGACACAACUCUGCCUCUGCAGCCUCUCAAGCCCCCUGCGUCACCUUCUUUUACCCACCUGGAGCAAUACAUCACUCGACUGGCUCACCAGUACCACAGUCGAGUAACCUCCUCUACCCCAGAUCUUGCUUCAGCUGCAACCCCUGGCAUGAACAGAGGCCUUUGUACUCCUGGCAAAAGUCAUGGUUCUACCCAGUCUCUUUCAGCCUUUGAGAGCCGUAACACACUCACAAUCACUCCCUGCAAGUCACUGCUUGGAAACUCUGCCAGAGUCAGCCUCAGCACUACUGGGAAAAAAGCCACUAGGAAUUCAAUCAACCUGGGUAACCUACCUUCAGCAACUGGAGAGGACUUGAACAUAAACCUGCACCUCAAUCUCAACUUGAAUCUGACUCCUGGAUUGACUUCGAGCCAGGGAUUGGUGGAUGGUUCCAAGAGUGGGAGUUGUGGAGCUCUAAGGAAUGACUUUGCUGCUGCCUCCACGACUUCUGCUACGUCCCUAUCCUCUGCUACACCAACUCCGGCACUUAGAACUCGCCCUCGCAUUUCAACAUGUCCAAGCAGCCUGAGCCACCGCAGUUCCCUCGAGGUCCCUUCAGGAUCUGGACCCAACCCGGCAUUUGGGUCAUCUGCCUUCUGUCGCUCAUUAGACUGGAGCAGCGGGGCUCCCCUUGAGACUGGACCAUUAGUGUUUGGUACAAAUUCUGGGUCAGCUCCUGGGUCUCAGCGCAGCAGCUUGAUCCAAGACCAUAGUUCUGCUCCCAAGGUUAGUGAAGACUCCCCCAUGGUGGAGGAGAUCUCCCGCCUCUCUGGGCUGUCAAGGGCUGUUGUGGUUGGACUGAUGGAGCAGGGUGUGGAGCUGGAUAUUGACUGCUUCCAAACAGAUGCUGCAGGUGAGGUGAGGGGUCACAGUAAAACUCACCUGACACCCCAAACAGAACAGUCACAUGACUAUGCUAGACUGACUGACUUGAAUCCCCAGAGACCAAUACAGCUGUCUCUCAGUGUCACCCAUUCUCCACAGUCUCAGUGCAGCCUCACACCUCCUCUCUCUCUAUCAAGCAGCCCCAUACACCCUUAUCAGUCCAUCCAUGUUCCCUCUCACUACUCUUCACACUACCACUACCAGCAGAUCCCUUCCCCAUCUGACCUUCCCUCUUCGACAGCCUCCUCCCCUGCCUCCCGCCCCACUCCAAGGGGUCGUUCCCCUCCCCGACCCCUCCAGCCGUCCCCUCUCGGUGCCACCCCGCUAUCUGUUUUCCGGCGGGAUGCUCCCUUCCAGUGCUCCCUGCCUCGCACCAAUACAAGGAGCUCCCCCAUGGAGCAUGGCGGUAUCAAACACAGGGGCGGAUCACUUCGGCAGAGUGGAGGAGGAAGUGCAGGUAAUGGUGGGUGGAAAAGAGCGGAGGGGGAGGGACUUUAUAAGGGAAAGCAUGCCUCUCACAAGUUGGUCAGGGCAGCUACAGUAAGCAGUUAUGCCAAGAGAGAGGACUAUCACUCAAUGUGGGGUGAGGAGGAGGAAACAGAGUUUUCAGCUGCCCAAACGCCCAACAGAAAGACCUCCAGUAAACUCAUGAGGGGCUUUGAGGGACGCCUGUGGGGGAAAGAUUCUGAAAGUGAAAGGGAGGAGAUGGAUAGAGUUGAGUAUGGCUAUGGAUGGAGGAGGAACAGUGUUGGAAGCUGGAGGAAGGAGCACCGAAAAAUGAAGACUUCAUCUCGCAGUAAUGACAAGAAGCCAAAAGUUGAUAACUCCCCCAUCUUCUCAAAGAAGAGGGGGAAGGAGGAUGGGGAGAGACGCAGCUCAAGUCUCAGGCUUUCUCGGAGGGCUUUGUUUAGGAGUGAGUCCCAGGGCUUGUUGAUGCCUCGUAACCAAACUGAAGAGCCCACAAAGCGAGCACACUGGGUCUCCUCAUUAGACGUCGGACAAGGCGGCAUGUACAUCAGCAAAGGUGAAGGGGUUAGACUGCUGAGGGCGAAGGAGGAGGACAAACACCUCUCCUCCACUGCCAGUCUCUUUAACCUCUCCCGCUCUCAGAGCCUUGAAGGCAGUUGCCAUUCCAUCUCCCCUCUCUCCUCCCCUUCCUUUUCUCCAUCCCCUCCACGGAUGCCCCUCCAGCGCUCUCGAUCACUAAGGGACUUGGGAAGGAGAGUGUUCGGCUCGAUGAGGUCGCUGAGUCUCAAACGGAAGCCAUCUAAGAAGUGACUCUUGUACAAUAAAUACACACUACAGUAAAUGCAUUUUUGAUGUUUUACCUUAAAAAACACCAGUAAUGAUGAUAUUGUAUUCCAUGUAAAAGAAGUGCCAUCACCACGAAAACUUCAAGCUUCCUAGACAAAGACUGAAACAGGUCUAUGGCCUUUUCUUAUUCAUGAAACCGUCAUAAAGCUUCUGACAGUCCUUUUAUCAACCAUCA